UAGAAGCUUUCUUUAUUGCUUAUUUGCCCAUUUACAUAUUCAAACUAUACUGGUUCAGCAUUGGAAGUUUUGUGCCCUUUGGGUUUUACAGUAUAAUUGUGAAUCUUGAUUUUGCUAAUAUCAAGACGAUUUUUGAGUGUGCUCAAUUUGGAAUUUUCUCAUCCACUUUUAUUACUAAGAAAUCUUGAAUGUGGUUUGGUUCUUGUUAACUUGGCUUUCAUUUGGGUAAACUGAAAGUUGAAGUCUUUUUGCUGUUUCUUGAUGCCUGAAUUUGAGUUUUCAGAAAGGGUUGAUCUCUGGAUGAUUGGCUCUUUGAAUAGGAUUUUUCUAUUAGUUCUGUGGAUGGAUGAAGUUUUAUUGAAUAAAGAUUAGGAAAUUGUAGGAAUUUUAGCGUUUGAAAUUUUGCUAUAGGAAUGAUUUGGGGCUGAAAUACAGAAUUUCUUGGAAGGGAAUUGUUAGGACUUAGGAAAAUGGCUUCUACACCAUCUCCAAAUUCUUCUCCCACUUCAGUCCCACCGGCUCCUCCAUCUCGCCCUUCCAAUUCCUCAGCUUCUCCUCCACCAAUUCCUCCUGCCCCACCUCAACCACCCUCACCAGAUGCACCACCACCGCCGACUACUUCAUCUCCCCCAUUGCCUCCACCAUCUCUCCCAGCUUCACCACCGCCAACUCCUCCUGCUACCCCUCCUCCUGUAGCCAAUUCCCCACCACCUCCAAUUUUGCCCCCUCCCCCACCAUCAGAAGCUUCCCCUCCAAAAGCAUCACCACCUCCUCCUCCUCAUGCUAUUCCACCCUCUUCUCCCCCACCAUCUGAAGCUUCCCCUCCCAAAGCAUCACCACCUCCUCCUCAUGCCAUUCCACCCUCUCCUCCCCCACCAUCUGAAGCUUCCCCUCCCAAAGCAUCACCGCCUCCUCCUCAUGCCAUUCCACCCUCUCCUCCCCCACCAUCUGAAGCUUCCCCUCCCAAAGCAUCACCACCUCCUCCUCCUAUUCCACCCUCUCCUCCCCCACCAUCAGAAGCUUCACCUCCCAAAGCAUCAUCACCUCCUACUCCUGCUAUUCCAUCCUCUCCUCCCCCACCAAAAAGUGUUCCACCACCGCCUACAGCUAAUCCACCAGCCCAGUCAGUUCCACCAAAAAAUUCUCCUCCACCUCCUGCAUUAUCACCUCCUCCUGGUUCCUCACCUUCAAUUACCGCUCCUCCACCAGCUUCCAUUUCAUCUCCACCUCCUGUCCCAUCGUCAUUUUUGCCACCUUCUAUAGCUCCUCCUCCCCCAAGGAAUGGAUCUGCAAAUGGAAGUGUCCCAUCUUCACCAUCCCCUUCCUCCCCUGCAGCAAAACCCACUACAAGAUCAAUUCAACCUAAUCCUAAUAUAACUGCAGAUGUACAAUCAAAUAAUUCUGGGGGUUCUAAAGGAGUAGCAUCUGUUGGCAUUGUUGUUGGGUUUUUGGUACUCAGUCUUGUAGUGCUGGCAGUAUGGUUUACACAUAAACGAAAAAGAAAGAAGGGCACAUCUAAUCUGGGAGCCAUACCCUCUCGUUUGGCAUCCUCGCAAAAUUCUGCUUCAUCAUUCCUAAGGACACAGCAUUCAUCUCAACUAGCUGGAAGUGCUUCUGCAAGCAAUUUCAUGUGCUCACCGGAGCAUGGUGGCAUAGGCACUUCAAGGUCAUGGUUCACGUAUGAAGAACUAUCUCAGGCAACAAAUGGGUUUUCCACAAUUCUGGGCUCAGGUGGCUUUGGUUGUGUUUACAAAGGAGUUCUAACAGAUGGACGAGAAAUUGCUGUAAAACAGCUGAAGGCUGGUGGUGGACAAGGUGAACGAGAAUUUAGGGCAGAAGUUGAGAUCAUCAGCCGGAUUCAUCAUCGGCAUUUGGUUUCGCUUGUGGGUUACUGCAUCUCUGAGCAUCAAAGGUUGCUUGUCUAUGAUUAUGUGCCAAACAACACCCUUGAUUACCAUCUUCAUGGUAAGGAAUGGACAUACUACCAGGCCUUGGGUCUGUGGAAGUCAUAUCAUAACCAGUCCAUAAGACUGGUAAUUAAAGAUAAAUUGGCCGACAUUAUAUCUCGUGACGUCGUCAUGCAAAAGCGAUUAUCAUACGCCAAUUUAUGUAUUCUGUUUGCUCGGCAUAACUGUCGUCUUCUUGCAUUGGAUUUGGAAUAUGCCCAUCACCCUAUCCUGCAGGCUCGACCAUUGCUCACCCAAGCACUUGACACGGAAGAUUUUGAAGAGAUAGUAGAUCCUAGGCUGGAAAAGAACUACAUUGCAAGUGAAAUGUUCCGCAUGAUUGAAGCAGCAGCUGCUUGUGUGCGUCAUUUUGCUUCAAAAAGGCCAAGGAUGAGUCAGGUAGUGAGAGCUUUAGAAACUAUGGAGGAGUUAAGAGAUUUGAACAAUGGAAUGAUACCCGGCCAAAGUGAGAUUUUUACUUCAAGGGAACAAUCUGCACAGAUCAGAAUGUUUCAGAGGAUGGCAUUUGGAAGUCAAGAAUAUAGUUCAGAUUUCUUCAAUAAUUCCCAAAGCAGUUGGAGAAGUUAAUGGAGCCAUUUAAACAAGCUCUGGGAGGUUCUUGGAAUUAAGUUUGGGAGAGGCUAAGAGACGAUGCUUCGUCGUGCUUAAAGGCUGCUUUUAUUGAAAAUAUGCAUACUGUUACAGUUCCCUUCAUUACAAAUUAUUUUUUAAUUAGUUUUCAUUUACAAUUCAUGUAAAAAUCCUGGUUAUAUGAAACAGAUUACACAAAAUUAAUUGAACCUUCUUCUCCUCAGUAUUGUAGAUUGGACAAGUAUUCUUUGUACCAAUCAAAUAUUGUAGAUCUCAACUCCGUUUUGUUAGGUGGACUUUCUAAUUUUGGAAGGCAUUAAAGAACAAAAAGUAACUAAUA